GAACGAACGGGGUCUGUAAAGUAUCUCCCAUACAAAUGAUAAUUGUACCUUCCUCGGCUCCACAUCCGCCGAGCUUCAUGAAUACCCGAACAGCGAAGUUGGUAGUAGAAUGACAACGAACAGACUGGCCAACCGUGUCCCCGGCAGCCACCACUAACCUCGCGCGAACACAAUCCCUCGAGCUCUCCCCCGAUCCGUCCCCCGAUCCGCACCCGCACCCGCCAUGGAGCCCGACAUCCGCGUCGAAGACUACCUGGACGACAAGCUACAGUCGACGACGGACUUCGAGCAUCUGGACACGUUGAUCAGCAGCGUCGAGUACCAGCGCAGCCAGCUGCAGUCGCAGCUCGACGAUGCCACGCGCGAGCUCGACGAGGCCCGCCGGUCCUCGGCCGACCGCAGCGCCGCCCUCGUCGCCCGGAUCGACGAGUUCCAGAAGCUCCAGAAGAGCAUCGACGUCCGCCUCCGCAUCAUCGCCGAGUCCGACGCCCCCGACGAGGCCAUCCGCCGCCUCGAGCCGCCCAUGGAGCAGCUCCGCAAUGUCGACCUCGCCUACCGCUACCUGCUGCUGCUGCAGGACGUCGAGGCGCUAUGCCAGUCCGCCCGGUCGCACCUCCCGCAGGACCCCAAGGCCGCCCUGGAACCGUACACCAGGCUGAAGCAGCUGGCGAUGCGCCUCAAGGAGCUUCAGCGGCAGGCCGACGGCGCCGCGGUGCAUCUCGUCACCCACGUCGCGGCCGCGGCCGACAAGCUGUGGGACGAGAUGAAGCAGACCAUGUGGGACGAGCUCGAGGCGGUGCUGGCCAAGCGUGGGUGGCCGAGCGUGGACCCGGACUCGGACGCGGACGAGGAGUGGCUCCGGUGCUUUGAGAAGCUCCUCGACCUGCAGGUCCCCGAGGUCCUGUACUCGCCGACCACCGUCAGCUUGCUGCCGAUCGACGUCAUGGCCCAGAUCUUCGUCAAGGAGUUCCGCUUCCACUUCCUGAGCGACAAGCCGACCAGCAACCCUCAGCUCAUCACCGCCCACUGCUUCCCGUGGUUCCUGGCCCUGGUCGAGAAGUGGGAGGACUUCCUGAGGGACAACUUCGGCUCGAUACUGGCGUCCAAGUUUGGCGAGACCGAAGCAGCUCGCCAGAUGGUCUACAUGGACCCGGUCUGCGCCUUCAUUACCUCGAUGCUGCCCGUCAUGAGGGAGAAGAUCGCCCUCACGAUUGCCGAGACUUCCGGGGACACGGUGUUUCUGAGCAGCCUGCUCUCACAGCUCAUGACCUUUGACGAGAGGCUCCGGUCCGGUUUUGCCUACGACGGCGGCGACACCGAGGAAGGAUGGGCCGGCUUGACGUCGGAGGUGCUCAGUCAGCAUUUCAGGACGUGGCUGGAGGCCGAGAAGAAGUUCGCUCUGGAACGCUACCAGACGAUCAUGUCCACACCAGACGCGAGGAACAUCGAUUACGACUUUGCCGCCGCCGGGAAGACCAAGCCCACGUUUGCCGCCGUGCGCGUCACAGACCUGCUGCGGUCCGUCACGGCGCAGUAUGAGCGGGUCAGGCGCUUUUCCCACAAACUGCGUUUCCUCGUAGACAUCCAGCUCACCAUUCUGGAUGAAUACCACGAUCAGCUCCGGGGCACGCUCGAGGCGUACCUGAGCAUCACCUCGACUGUCGGGAGAGCGUUCGGCGUGACCAAGGAGCAGCUGGCUGCUCUAGAGGGCACUGGCGCCCUCGAGACGCUCUGCAAGGUCUACGGCAGUGCCGACCAUAUCGUGAACGCGUUAAGGGAUUGGAGCAAUGAAGAGUUCUUUGUCACAUUGUGGGAAGAGCUUCAGAGCCGGGCCAGGGCUGCCGAGGACCAAAGUAACCUUGCCGGCGGCAUGAGUUACGACCAUGUUAGGGACAAGACCUCGGCCGCCGUUGGGAAGGAGGAGGACGGCGGCGUUCUCUUUGAUGAGACCAUCGCCGCGUAUAGCCAACGAAGAAAGCGGGCCGAAGAGUUCCUCUCCGAAGCACUCGUCGAGUCGCAACGAAAGGCAUUCAAGGCGUACCUCCACCGUCCGCAGUGGAGCACCAUUGCCGACGAUGCUUCCGGCGACCUAACGGUCACUCCGGAACUGGAUGAGCCUCUGCGGGUGAGCUGCCUCCCCGGGUUUUCUCUGACAAGUAGCCAGCGCCGCUGACCAAAUCAAG